AUGGCCAACACCACAUCGGGGACAGUAAGCCAGCCUUCCCACCGCAAUGUUACCUCCCCAUCAGCAUCACGUGUCACCGAAUCGACGUCUUUGCUGAGGCCUGACAGACCUGAAUACGAUGUGCAUGGCGCAGGCUCAACAUACGGCUCGUCGCCGCCGAAUUGCGACACUUCCAACGAGGUUGAGGGAAAACCUCUUCCCACGCGCCAAAUUCUACUGCUAUGCUAUGUACGAGUGGUCGAGCCGUUGGCCUUUUUCUCCAUCUUUCCCUACAUUAGCCAGAUGGUGCAAGAAAAUGGAAACGUUCCGGACUCGGACAUUGGCUUCUACAGCGGACUGAUCGAGUCGAUGUUCUCUCUUACACAGGCCAUCGUCAUGAUCUUCUGGGGCCGAGCAGCCGAUCUCAUUGGACGAAAGCCUGUUCUGGUGUCUUCCUUGUUCGGCGUGACAUUCGCGACUGCUCUAUUUGGAAUGGCGAAGAGCAUCCCGCAGAUGAUACUAUUUAGAUGCAUUGCCGGCGUUUUUGCGGGGACUAUUGUCACCAUCCGUACCAUGAUAGCCGAACAUAGCACGCCUAAGACCCAGGCUCGUGCAUUUAGCUGGUUUGCAUUCACUGGAAACCUAGGCAUUUUCCUGGGUCCUCUGAUAGGUGGUGCCCUUGCUAACCCCACGCGCCAGUACCCAGGCGCUUUCGGGUCUAUCGAGUUCUUGAAAAAGUACCCUUACGCCCUUUCAAGUCUGGUAAUAGCCCUCAUCGGGGCGACUGCUGCUGUGUCUAGUCUCUUGUUUAUUGAAGAGACUUUGAAGAAAGAAGUAACUUCUGUGGACCGUGACAGCGAAGAUAGGUUAGAUGCGCCAGUCCAAUGCGACCUCUCAACCACGCAGCUUCUCAAAGCAUCCGGUGUAAGCAAGGUACUCUACGUCUUCGCACAUAUCACGAUCCUUGCAUUCGCAUAUACUGCGAUUAUUCCCGUCUUUUGGUAUACUCCUGUGCGCCUCGGAGGUUUCAAUUUCACGACCUUUCAAAUUUCCCUGAUGAUGGGACUGAAUGGCGCAGCGCAGGCUGCAUGGCUGCUACUGGUAUUCCCUCCACUACAUCACAGAGUCGGAUCGAACAGGGUGAUCCGACUCUGUGCUCUUGCCUACCCUUGGUUUUUCCUGUGCUGUCCUCUCGGAAACGUGCUACUGCGCAUGGAUACUGAGGGUUCGCUUAGGAUCUUUUGGGUGUUCAUGCCGGUGACACUGGCCCUUGGAAGUGGUGUUGCGAUGAGUUUCACAGCAAUUCAGCUUGCCGUCAACGAUAUCGCACCCUCGCCCAAGUACCUGGGCACUCUCAAUGCCCUCGCCUUGACUGGUUCCAGUGGGCUGAGAGCUUUCUGCCCGGCAUUGUUUAACAGUCUCUUUGCAUUGGGUACGAGGACACAGCUGACUGGAGGCUACGCAAUCUGGAUUUUCAUGUUUGUCCUUGGUGCCACCUUGUUCAUUUCAGCGAAUUGUCUCCCAGAGCCUGAGGCCCACAAAGAGCAAGGCGAUUAA